AAUUUAUAUACUAAUAAAUGCUUGCAUUUAUUCGGUGAGAAUCUUAAUUUGGCUAGUCUAUGCUAUGAUUCUACACUGUUUCGUUUCAAUGUUAUCAGGAAUGAUGCUUAUGUAUGCCAUGUAUGUUGCAUUUCAAUACUAGUAUGUAUUAGAUCAGUGUGCUAUAUAUUGUCUCGAGCUUGCAUGUAUUAGUAUGUUAACAUCCCACUGUAACUAUGUCACUAAUGAUGUAUGAAUGUUAUCCAUUUUCUAAGGAUGGACUGUGACUACAAAUUUUUGGACUUAGCAGAAAUUAUAGCAUUAUCCAUUAUGGUUGCUCCUAUAUUGGCCUUCCAUGCUGCCUUUGCUGCCCUUACGUGCUACAGCAGGUUCUUUCGGAUUACCCAUGAACUAGUGGUCAGUAAGGAGAUGGAGGCCAAGCUUUAUGACUAGGCUACUCUAUGAUAUGGAUGCUAGAUGCAUCAAAAUGAUGUGGUUGAGGAUGGCUCCCUUCUUUACAUUAUAUUCUGCAUUACAUCAGAGGUGUCUUCAAAGGAUGCUAAAUGUUGUGAUCAAAGAACAAAUGGUGAUGUUCCUCCACAAAAUAGGACACAAUGCCAUGAAUGGAGUCAUUGGAGACAACUUCAUUCAAUCCAGAUAGACCAUAGCUCGAAGUAGUUGAUUCAUCUUGAUUCAAUAUUGUCAGUGCACUGCUGAAUGCAUCAGCAAUUAAUUUCAUAGGACUCUAUCGGAGCUUUUGAUGUAAUGUAGACAUGCUAGUGUUCUUGUAGAUAAUGCUGUAGCCUUCUGUGAGAGGAAACCAUACCAAACAGAACAUUCAUGCUGCUGUCGUUUUCGACCUAUGAUUCGUAUAUGUUUGAGCAGGGUGAGAGUGACUUGGCACAUGCGGCAUUUGGUGCCUAGACCUUUAAGACAUGCCUAGGAAUAUGCUCUUGCCAUCUCUGUAGGCACCAAUUCCUUCAGUACGAGGGAUUUUACAGAUAUAAAAUUUCAAUAUAGGCUUUGUGGAUCAACUUUCUCAAAUAAAUGAAGAAAUCUUUGCUUGUCUUUAAGACUUUUUCUUAAUCCGAAUCAAGUUCCAUUCUUCUUUUAAUUGAUUGAACUUCUUGUCUAGAUCAUGAAUGCAAACUUAAGUAUAAUGAUGGUAGGAAUUAGAAUGGGGAUGAGAUGCAAAAGCAAAAAUAGGUUAGUGAUCAGUGAAGUUGUUGUGCCAUCUGGUGUCAACUCAAGUGCCUUUUUGCACAAAUGUUACGCCACUCAAAACUAUGUAAUCUAGCCUCUAAAACAAAGUUCUCAGCAAUUUCUUAGUUGAAUGUUACAACAAUUUGAGAUUGCUGGAUGUAAGAACUUUCACAAUAUUGUUGCUGGAUAAUCCUCAAUGCCUAGACUAUUAGUCUCUAUGUACCUGUUUAAGAUCUGGUACAUCUUUGAAGCUUGCUCAUAGAUAAGGUGAACAAGAUGGGGGACUAUGUAGUUAUGUUUUAUACAAUGUAGCAACUUAAUUUUGUAAAACUAAAUUUGAACUGAUGUUUUGCACAAUUGAAGUGGAUAUUGCAACUUUCAGUAAAAGUCUAGGCCCCAGAUCUUAGUUGCCUAACUGACUGUUAUAAUUUAAAGAAUUAGUAGAAAAUCAUGACCCAUAAAGCAUUUCAGUUUGUGAUUUAAUGCUGAAAAGCAUGGCUAAACUUAUAGGCCAUUUCAGUACUAUCAUCUAUUGGUUUUUGCUGUUUAGUGAGUUAUAUAUAUCUAGUGCUGUUUGAUAUUAUCUUUUCGUUUCCAUGUGGGAAUGUUUCUUUUUUAUUAUGCACUUAUGAUUUGUGUCAUUGGUAUAGUAAGUAGCUAAUUAUGUCUCAUAUCUUAUUUUCCAGUGUAGUUUCAAUGAUGCGGUGUGGUGGAUCCAUCAUUUGGAAGUUAAUAUGAAUUGAUUUAGUGGAGCAUAAGUGGCAGUAUUGUUAUCAGUCUGAUUGAGAAAUCCUUGCUUCCAUCGGAGCCUAUUCUCCUGAUAAGACCAUCUCCGAACUUCACUGCAUCUGAUUAAUUUGUCCAAACCAUUCCAAUCUUCUUCCCUUUUUUUCUCCCCUGCUGAUUGAAGGAGCAUGUUGAUUUGAAAUUUUACAAGCCACUUUUAGUUACUUAGAAGAGUUGCCAUCAAAUUUGUGCGGUUGAUUCUCAAGGAAGAAGUUGCCGGCAAUGUGGUCUUUCUAAAUACAACAUGUCUACGUUGUAGGGAAAUUGCUGAUUCUGCCUUGCAGUCAACUUGGUUCAACAUCGUACACUUUUUGGCAGUCCAGAAUGACCAAAGAUUGGUUGCAUGGUGAAGUUUUAAAGGCCGUCUUCCCUCUACUUGAUGGUAGAGACCUGGCCUCUUGCAUGCUGGUAUGUCGUCAGUGGAGAGACAUUGCUAGGGAUGACUACUUUUGGAAGUGCAUUUGUGCCAAGAGAUGGCCUUCAAUCUGCAAAAGACCUCUUCCUGCCCUGAGCUACUACAAGCUUUUCCUAACUUUCUCCAGACCCCAGCGGCCCCAGCCUCUUCUGCCGCCAAGGUUAUCCUUCAACGAUUUAGAAUUCUACAUCGAUAUUUGGUCUGAACAGGAGCUAAUCUUCUCUGAAGCCAUCUUAGGCUCUGUGCUCCGGACGGGGAUAAAGAACCCACCUCCUGGCAUAUCUGAUAUCCUCAAGGCACAUCUGGACGGCCCUGGUCACAAGAUGGUAUUGCAAGUGGAGCCAAGGUUCAGUAUUACAUUGGGAAGUAGGAUCAGUGUGUCAGUUCUUGUAGGUCGCAAGGACACCAAUCAGAUGGCAUGCAUUGUAAGAGAUUCUGACUUCGAUUACAUUGAUGGCAGCGCCUUCAGGGCACUUGCCUAUGCCUAUCUCAAUUUUUCACCAGGACAUCCAUUCAUAUCUGGAAUUAGAGCUUGGGUAUCCUUGCUAUUUAUGGCGAAUGGCGAUGAAAAUGGCAACGAUGUGUUUGGCAUUGAGAUAGACUUUUGUGACGCUGCUACCAAAGAGCGCGAGGUAUUGUGGCUCCUAGACAUGCUUGAUUGGAAAUAACUGCUGCAUUUUGUUGCUGCCUGUAUAUAGAAGCAACCUUGUAAAUGACUGGUGUGUUGAGAAUGGAAUUUGAUUUGUAUUUAUUAUUUUGUAAUUUAGGCUCAAAGGUAAACUUUGAGGAUUAAUUUAUUUCUCUGAUGUUGAAAA